CGAAACAAAGCGGCUGAAAAGACCAGUUGUUGGAAUAAUCGUCCAGAUUAUUUUUCUUCCUUGUCUGUUGUUUUUUUGUUUAUUCCACAUUUCGAGUAUGAACGCAGCGAUGACGGAGGGCUUUUUUCUGUCUGCUCUGAAGCCCAACUCCGCUUGUACCGCCUAUGUGGUUCCUGCGGACGGUCCGUGUCCAGACCCACUGGCCAAAGUUAGAAGGGUCCAGGAGCAAGUCCGGAUGCGGCUGGCUGAAAGAAAGUCCCCGUCCCUGCCCAGGCUGGACGACGCACAGCUUGGAUCAACCGAUUACUGCUUUCCUGACUCAACAAACUUCACCCAUACACAUGGUUUCAGUUCCAGAUCCAUGAUAAACAUUCCUACUCGUAAGCUGGCUGUGUCUACAGUAGCCCCUCACUCCCCUAGGCUGUCCUCUCUCUCUGCUGUGGAGACAAGCUCCAAGGUGAACCAAAAAACAUCCAGUAUAGUACAAAGCAGCUUUCAGACCUCACAGAUGCAUAGUAGAGGCAGACGUUCUAAGUCACUGUGUCAGGAGGACCAGGGGAUGGUACCGUCCACAGGGUUGGUUCGCCCAGAGAAUGAAUCUGUCCCAGUAACCAACCCUCCACCUGGCAACCUGAGGCACAGUCUCAGUGGAGUACUGGCCCAGGACAAAGGUUACUUCCAGGAGGAGGAGCUGCCAUAUCAGUACACGUACAAAGGCCCAUCUCAUCGUACCAUCAGCAGAAUUACCAACAGACAGCAACACUACCAACAACAGAGCUCUAGCCUUGCCCAGGAGGGCUGGAUGGGGAAUGGCCGGGGAUUCUCCGGUGCAUCGGACAGCUGGGGAACCCAGUGGCAGCAGCAUGCAUCCAGGGCCAAUAAUACGAUGACCACUGGGCAUAGUGCAGCUCUCCACCGGGCCGCCUCACUUCACUCUCUGAGGAGUGUUGGUAAAGGAGUGGAUAUUGUGGAUGUGGCAUCGAUAAACAGCAAUGACCCUCUGAGAGAAAUGCAGGGUCUGGACAUGCCUACAGCUGUGAGAUAUCUUUCUGAGUCGGACUCUGCCUUGCAAAUUUUGGGAGCUGCAUAUAUACAGCAUCAGUGUUACCAUAGCAACGAUGCUAAGAACCAGGUCCGUGCUCUACGUGGUGUUCCAGCUUUGGUUCGCCUCUUCUCCAGUGAAAAUCUAGAAGUACAGCGUUACACUACUGCUGCUAUGCGCAACCUCAUCUAUGAGAACGCUGACAACAAGGUCGCCCUGAUAGAGGCUGGUGGAUUAAUGCCUCUUGUAAACCUUCUGAAUAAAGCAGAUGAAGAGCUUCAAAAAACAAUUACAGGUGUCCUGUGGAACUUGUCCUCCAGAGACAGCCUGAAGGAGAGGCUGUCUGCUGAAGCUUUACCACUGCUGACAGAGAAAGUUCUGGUUCCUCUGUGCAGGAACAUCCCACUAAACCAGUCUGAAAGAGAAAUCUUCCUCAACACAACGGGCUGCCUCAGAAACUUGAGCUCAGUCAACGAGAGAACGAGACGAAAGAUGAGAGCUAUGCUCGGCCUGGUGGAUUCUCUGGUGUGCUACAUUCAGCACCAAGAGAAGGGAAACGACAAGGGUUUGGAGAAUUCAUUGUGUAUUAUGAGAAAUCUGUCAUACCAGUUGUACACGGAGCUACCGCCCUCAGUCCGCCUGCCCCUGGAAGGCCCAUCGAGAGCCUCUUCCUCCAGAGAAAUUGAGACCAUUGGCUGCUUCAGUCUGCACAGCAAAAAAAUCUCUGAGCAGCGCAACCCGAAUCUGUCCAUGCUGUCCCAGCCGAAGGGAACCGAGUGGCUGUGGCAUCCUAAAGUGGUGGUAUUGUACAAGCUAGUGGUGCAGAACAGCGACAGCAGUUUGACCAGCUGUGAAGCUGCAAUAGGAGCUCUGCAGAAUAUCACUGCUGGAGAGGCCAGGUGGUCGUCGGUGCUGAGCGGUGUGGUGAUAGAGCAGGAGAGGAUGGUUCCCAUCCUGCUGGAUCUGUUAGACACCAGCAGUGAGAUGCAACUAAAGCCCCUGACUGGCCUGCUGAGAAAUCUGGCCAAACACUCCACAGACAAAGAACAUAUGGCUAAAACUAUGGUGAAUGCUCUGGUGUCCAAGUUGCCCUGUGAUGGCCUUCAGAAGACACCAUCCAGUGAGGUGGUGUUCAACAUCUGCGGGGCUCUUAAUCACCUCGUCACCUGCAGCUCCGUUGCAGCUCAUGACAUUGCGUACUACAAUGGCCUUCCAAAACUGGUGGGCAUCAAGACAUCCCAUUAUAACAGCACUGGGAGUCUGAAAGCUGCCAGAGCUGCCUCGACUGUCCUCUGCAACAUGUUCCAGUACAACAAGCUGCACAGAGUCUACAAACUGAAAGGAUUCGACCGAAAAGACUUCACAGAUGUGACCUUGUAAACUGCAAAAUUCCUGCUGAGCAUUAAACCUCCAGGUUAAAGUCAGAGGGAAGAAAGAUGAAAACAUGGAGUUUUUCUGCACAGUGAUGCUCUGCAAUGGACUGAAAGGAGGAGGAUUAUAAACUGAAGCCUAUGAAGACUUCCCUCCAUCUGAUGGUUGAUAUCACCGCAGCAGCAUGCCUUGAGAGAGAGAAAGAAAGAGAGAGAGAGAGAGAGAGAGAGAGAGAGAGAGAUAGAUAGAUAGAUAGAUAGAGAGAUAGAUAGAGAGAUAGAGAGAUAGAUAGGUAGAUAGACAGACAGAGAGAUAGAGAGAUAGGUAGGUAAGCUGUGUAAAAUGUAUAUAAAAACAAAAUGCGAUGAUUUCCAGAUCUCAUCAAGUCAUAUUUUAUUCCCAGCAGAAGAUAAACAACAUAGAUGCUGAAACUGAGACAUUUUGUCUUGCUGAAACCUGCAAGCUCUUCCCUGAAAGAGACGUCUGGAUGGAAGCAGAUGCUGCUCUAAAACCUCCGUGUACUUUCAACAUUGAUAGAACCAUCGGCACUAAUGCACCCUCCAUACCUUUAGAGAUAAAAAUACCACUUAGCCAGUUCAGGGUGACGGGGGUCUGGCAUCGCCAACGUAGAGAGACAAACAAUCACACAUGCUUCACUCCUAGAGAGAAUUUAGUGACCAGUUAACCUUUUAGGCACCAAUUUUAAAAGUUUUUAGGCUUACUGUAAAUGAGGGAAAAAUGUUGAAUAUGUCGCAGAGUUUAUGAUACUAGAUAUAUAUAUAUAUAUAGUUUUAACUCAGACUUGUCCCAUGCACACAGAGAUUCUCUCUGAAUCUUCUGACAACAUUGUACACUGUUGGGAAUGAUAUAUAGGUUGAUGAGAUUUGUAAAUAAACACUUUUUUUUCAUUUUUCUCAGUGUCCCAACUUUUUAAAGUUGUGGUUGUAGGUAGUCAGUAAAGCGGUAAACGAUGUUUAGUUCUGCAUGUUAUUACACUUUUACCUGUUGUACAUUUUCCCACUAUGCUUUCUUUGAAUCACAUAGUAAGAGGUCUUAUAGAACAGCACAGAAAUAGGAAACAACUACUUUAAAGGCAUUUUGGUAUAAUGCUCAAGGUUCCUGUUUAUGCAUCUCUGUCCUUCAUCGUUUGUCUCUAGUGGACAUUUUAGUGCCAGAUCGGCCAAAAGCAGCUGGAGUUACAACAAAUGCCUUUUAAAAUAAAAGGAACUCAACAAAUUAAGGCUUUAUAAAUUCAUCAAAUCCGAGUAACUGAAGCUUGUUCAGCUCUGGUUUAUAUGAGCGGUUAAUACUUUAACCAACUAAGUGCCUAUCUAUAACAAUUAGUUUAUUAACGUAGCCGUUUCCAUUCAAACUGAGCAGUAACUACAGGCGAGAGGUUGAUCAAGUCAAGCACUGAAGACAGAAGAAGAAAUAUGUAAAUAAUCAUGCAAUCUCUUACAAUAUUUGUAAUAAAAAUAGAAACUGAAUAGGUUUGCCUUCAGUAACAGCCUUUGUUUUCAUAUAAAUCUGUGGUGGGUGUUUUCUGUGGCUCCAGAAUUCAUGAAUUUGUUUUCUAGUUUUGUUUACAAGAAGCCUUUUCUUUUAUUUACUACCCUAAACUUCAUAAAUCCUUUAUGAAAUUAAAACAAAAGUUAAAUGCAAAAAUAUCUGAUCCCCGAAGGGAAAUUUUAAUAAAAUAAAAAGAAGUCUUCAUGCUAAACAUUGUACUUACCACAGCGUUUAUCUACAGCAGCUUUUCUCAUGUUACUAACAUCCCUACCGGCUCGUAGGAUUCACGCUGUUUAUUCCAGACCUGUGAGCUUUGUUUCAUAAAUAAAUAAAAAUGUGAACUAA